AUGCAAGCUGGCUCAUUAUCAUUUGCUAAUAAUAAUAAUAAUUAUGUUGACCGUUGGAUUGAUUUGAGUUCCAGUUUUUUCGAUGAAACUCAUUAUAAUAAUAAUAAUAAUAGGCAAAACACUUCCUCUAUUUUUUCCUUAACGAAUGACAUCGGUAGUAGACCAAAUACUUCGAAAUCUUCAUUUUCAACCAACCUAUUUAUUCUAAAAGACAAGACUAACAUAUCGAUCAAUAGCUCUGACUACAGUUCUGUUAGAAGAAAACCAAGACGUCCAGAUACUAUUGAAAAGAUAUCAAAACAUCCCUUGGUUAAUAGUUUUCCAGUUUUAGAACAAGAACAAAAUGCUGUAACUAACCAAAUUAAUGAAAAAAAACAAGUAUUUUAUGACAUCUCGAAAUUAUUUUUAAUUUGUAAGCAUAGUAUUUUACGAUUGAACUCAAAUUCUAGCUCAAAUGAAGAAGAAAGUUUAAAUCCAAACUCUAAUUCAACUUUUAAUUCUACUUCAAGAACAAAUUCAACAAACUUUAAAAGCUUGAUUUUUCUACCAAGGUGCUUUCAACACCAUCAAAUGAAGAAAUGGAUGAAGGAGAGAUAUAAAGAUCAAGGUUAUAGUAUUAAAAAAAAUUAUAAGUGCCCUCCAUCUGCCUGCGAACGCUCUACUCAACCUAAUGCCAUCAAUAAUUUUAAUAAUAACAGUUAUAACAUGUUGUCCUAUAGAUAUUUAAGGUACCAAAGUGAUAACUAUCAAAAUAAUAAAAGAGUAAAAGAAUUGCUAUGCAGAUAUUGUCAUGGAGUUAAUUGGUUACCUUGUGAAUCAUAUUUUAAACAUUUGUUUUAUGCUCAUGGGAUUAUGUCAGAAAUAAACAGAUAUACUUAUUCAGAUGAUUGUUGUAACAUUUUAUCUAUUGAAAAAAUCAGAACCAGUGAAUUUUUAACAUGCUUUAAACAGAAUCUAAAAAUAAAAGAAUUUUCACGAAAUAUUUUUGCAAUUGUUGAGACUAAAUUAAUCCCUGAACCUUUGAAGUUUUAUUCAAGCACUAUUAAUGGUGGAUUUAAAAGAAUGCACGCACUGUGUCCUCAUUGUUCGACUUGGAUUCGUUUAGGUUGGUGUGAACAUGACAAGAUAAUGAAUGAAGAGGAAGUGUACUUGAAAAAUGUUAAUACUAUCAGAAAUUUAAAUAAUGCUUAUUAUGAUAUUUUUAAUGAUAAUUCAAGUUUAAGUUUUAUUCAGAGAAGAGAAAGAAACAAGAUCGAAGGCUUAUAUGAAAAUUAUUUUAGACAUUACAUUGAAUGUAAUUAUGGAAGAUUCCAAAAUAGAUGCUUAUAUAUAGAUAUAAAAAUAUCUCCUUCUGUAUAA